UCGAAUUGAUAGCGAAUUUAAUUUCAUUGUUAUUGUUUUAAUUGCAUGCUAAAGUAUCCAAGCUUUGUGUUUUCUGUAACAUGUAAUCAUAAUCAUUACCGUGCAUCCGAUUGCAUAUGGUCAGUCAUGGCCGAAGAGAUAGUAGAAGAUUAUACCGGUUAUUUUAGGGCUUCGAAUUUACAAUCGGAGAUGCGACCAAUCUCGUCCCGCAUAGACGAAAUGUUGUUGCGUCUAGAGGAAUUCGAAAGUCUGCUGGUGCUGGUCAAAGAGGAAUCCGCAGUGACCGUUCAGCAAAAUAUUCCGAAAAUUCUAUCGCUUAAACCCGAACUGGACAAGCUUUGUGAGCGACUGGAUCAACUGGAGAAAUUUGUCUCGAUGGUGACGAAAAAUUUAGAUGCUGUCGAACGGCAGGUCCAAAUAGCGGAGGAAGAGCUCGACAUUCCGGACAAAACUAUCAACGUACUGCUCAAGUCGUUGAAUAUUUUCGGAAAAUCGAAACAGGUGGAAAGACAAACGAACCGAAAUGCUAGCGGACUGUAUGAAGCACCAGUAAUUUUUAAAACGGAGAACUAUUUUGGCCCUAAAAUUUCCGGUCAGGAUGGUACCAACUGAUUUGUGAAACAGUAGAAUUAUAUAGUUGAGACAAUAAAUUUAUACAAGUAUCUGGUUAGGAAA